AUAAGUAUGAAUACGGAAAAUAUAAUUUAAUCUAAGUUGUACGUAAAAUAAUUUACUUACAUAAAAUGAAAAUAUUUUGAAGCGAAAUGUGUAACAUAAAUUAAGUUCCAAAAUUGCAUUAGAAAGUAAAUAACGUGCUUUGGAACUUUAACUUAACAAUUUUAUUAAUGACAUGGCAUUAACAAAACGUAUUAGGUGCUUCAAGUAUUUAGUUUACAGUUAUGUUGUGCUUUUAAUGGUAACCGGUGCUGUUCAAAUAUUCAUAGGAACAUCUUUAUUAUGGGGACAUUCUGGUUACUAUGGGAUUGUACAGAAUAAGUUGUGGGCACCAGCUGCUAUCCUUCUAUGCUUAGGACCGAUAACAUUUGUCCUUUGUUGGAUGGGAUGUCAAGCUACCAAUCAACGAAAACGAUGCUUAUUAGGAAUGUUUUCGUCAUUAUUGGUAGCCUGCAUAUGUGUUCAGUUUAUCGUUUGUGGCUGGUCCUUAGCCAUGCGCGAAAAUCUUCCUACUUCCGUUGAAAUAUUUAUUGAUGACUCUUUUGUAGAGUUUCUCGAUAAAUUCUCUCGAACUAAAGUAGAUAAUUUGCAUAUGUGGAAUCGUAUGCAGUCACAGCUUCAAUGUUGCGGUGUUGAUGGUCCUUUAGAUUAUAGACGCUUAUCACUUCCAUGGUCAUGUUGUUCUCGACCUGAACACGCAUAUGAAUCAGCAUGCGAUACACACUACAAAAGAGGUUGUUUAUCUGUUAUUUCGGAACAAAUAAAAAAUAGAUUGUUGAUUGCAUCAUUCUCUUCUGCAAUAAUAGCAAUAUUUCAGAGUUUGGGACUUUUUUGUGCUGUUCAUUUAACAAUUUUAUUUGGAAAGAGUGAUAAUACCCACAAUAUGCGUAGUCUUAGUAAAACUCGCCAGCAGUCUUUUCUUCCGUUAUCGAUUCAAGAUAAACAUCAUGAUAUGCCAUCACCACUAAGUUUGUCGCCCUCUGCGCCCGGUCAUCGUGCUCUUAAAACUGCUUCACAGCCAACGAAAUCAAAAUGACAGACGAUUAGUUUUUAAAUGGAACAAUAAAAAUUUUAAAAUGCUGUAUAUACCUUCAUAUGACAUGGAAGGAGAAAAGAUCAAAAUGACCCUCAAUUUGUUGUUUUCAUAUAGCAAAUAUGUGUUAAAUUAUAGUAUAACUUGUUAUGUGAUUAGAUUUGAACAUCUUUAACAUCUUUAAAAUAAAAUGGAUUCGAUU